UUUCAGCCCAACUUGGCUCUGAUCUCUUUGGUCAUGCUGGAGGGUGCCGAGUUCUACUUUAACGUGGACCAUGGCUACCUGGAAGGCCUGGUGCGAGGGUGCAAGGCCAGCCUGUUGACCCAGCAGGACUACAUCAACCUGGUCCAGUGUGAGACCCUGGAAGAUGUGAAAAUUCAUCUCCAGACCACUGAUUAUGGCAACUUCUUGGCUAAUCAAACAAAUCCUCUUACUGUUUCCAAAAUUGACACGGAGAUGAGGAAAAAGCUGUGCAGAGAAUUUGAAUAUUUCCGGAAUCAUUCCCUGGAACCUCUGAGCACAUUUUUUACAUACAUGACGUGCAGUUACAUGAUAGACAAUGUGAUUCUAUUGAUGAACGGUGCAUUGCAAAAAAAAUCUGUGAAAGAAAUUCUGGUGAAGUGCCACCCACUGGGCCGUUUCACAGAAAUGGAAGCAGUCAACAUUGCUGAGACACCUUCGGACCUCUUCAAUGCUGUUCUGGUUGAAACACCAUUAGCUCCAUUCUUUCAAGACUGCAUGUCUGAAAAUACCCUAGAUGAACUGAAUAUUGAAUUACUGCGCAAUAAACUGUACAAGUCUUACCUCGAGGCAUUCUAUAAAUUCUGUAAGAAUCAUGGUGAUGUCACAGCAGAAAUCAUGUGUCCCAUUCUUGAGUUUGAGGCUGACAGACGUGCUUUUAUCAUCACUCUUAACUCCUUUGGCACUGAACUGAGCAAAGACGACCGGGAGACCCUCUACCCGACCUGUGGCAAGCUGUACCCUGAGGGGCUGCGCCUGUUGGCUCAAGCAGAAGACUUCGAUCAGAUGAGGAGAGUAGCAGACCAUUAUGGAGUAUAUAAGCCUUUGUUUGAGGCUGUGGGUGAUGGCAGUGGAGGAAAGACGUUGGAGGAUGUGUUUUAUGAGCGUGAGGUACAAAUGAACGUGCUGGCAUUCAACAGGCAAUUCCACUAUGGUGUGUUUUACGCAUACACAAAGCUGAAGGAACAAGAAAUGAGAAAUAUCGUGUGGAUAGCAGAAUGCAUUUCACAAAGACAUCGAACUAAAAUUAACAGUUACAUUCCAAUUUUAUAACCCAGUGAGGGACCUCACAUGCGGAAAACCUUACAUAGUAAGAAGAGGUUCUGAGGGGGAAAAAAAAGAAUUGUGUUAUAUUAUCUGGGUUAUAUAAAAAUAAUCCACACCAUUGCGGACCCACUAGAAACAUAGUAAAUCAGCCCUGAAAUAGUAUUUCUUUUUUUUUCCAGCGGCCUUAAAUUUUGUUUCCCCAUUUAUGUCUCACUUUUUACCAGAUCUUAGACAUUAAUCCUAAUUGACCUAUAGUACUUUUCCUAUUCUUGUUUGGUUGUAUUAACAAUCAGAUCUAACUAAAGUGUUUUACUCUUGCUUUCCUAUGCUUCUCCACAGGCCCAAGUACUGUCUGCUUUUCUUUUUCCUCCCCUAUGUCCACAAAAAUCCAGGGCUAUAUGAGGCCAACAUGGACCACAUGUGAUGAAAAUAUUGUAUUUUUUUUUCCUAAUACACUUUCACUGGUUGUCUUGGGAAAGCUACACAAUUCUGAAUCAUAUUCCUUAGAUGCAAGUAGUAUUAAAUUUGUUGUUAAUGCUCCUGUUUAAACUUUCCUCACAAUUCCCUUUAAAUCUCUUGCAGUUCCUUCAUGCUUUGCCUGAGAAGAAAGUAACCCUGCGAAUUGUAUUUCAUUCAUUCAGAAGAAUAAAUCCCACAUUCAGUUUA